AAAAAAGGAUUAUUUCGAUUUUCCGCCUAAUUUCCGCCUAUAUGCCCACUGUGCAAUACAAAGAUCUAUACUCAGAUUUUGUUGAAAAAUACAAUAACUGGACGCCAUUUGGAAAGAUUGAAAAUUUUUAUCGAAUAUUACAAAUCCCGGAAUAUGAUCAGGAAAUCGAUUCGAAACAAGUUAUUCUAGGUAUUCAAACACAAGAACAGCUUAUCAACGUCCCUAAGUUGGUUGAGACAGUAAAAAAAAAAUGGAAUUAAGAUCAAAUAUAAAGCUUUUUAAUCAGCAUAAAAUAGUCGAUGUGAAACGAAAAGAAGGAAAUCGAUUCUGGGUAGUCUGCUUAAAUUCGGAAGGAGAAAGAGGUGAAAUAUUAGUCGAUGUGGUAGUAAAUGCUACAUGGGAAUAUCGCAGAGAAAUAGAUUCAUUUUUAGGGCAUCAACCGCAGCAACUAUUCAGUAAUAGGUUGAAAUUAUUGGCUAGAAUAAGAUUACCGGAUAAUAUGGCCAAUUUUCAUCCAGCAAUGGUUAUUCGAGGACCGUUUCUCAUGAUGGCAAAUUGUCGAGACGGAACAGCCUUUGUAACAUAUGCACCAAUUACAAAUUUCGACAAGUGUAUGGGCAUAACAGUUCCCGACGAUUGGGAGAAGUGGAUUACUCAUUCGGAUGAUCUAAUUAAUAAUAGAAAAAAACAAUUGGGUGAAACUAUUCUUCAAGGAGCACAAAAAUAUAUACCUCAUUUGAAAAACGCCGAACUACUUGAAGUCAGAGCAGGUUGGCUAAGUCUUGAUACAGGAAAAUUAAUAUUUGGAUCAUGGCAUGCAAAUAAAAUUGUUAAUAUUAUUGAACGAUAUUUCAAACGUCCGGCUGAUUCAGCAACAGUAAACACGAAAAAUCUUGAUGAUAAACAAAUCAACAAUCCACCCCCGAUGUACCGGCAAAGAAACGGUCCUUUUCGAGAAAGCGAAAAUGAGAGAUAA